AUGCGCAGUGCAUUCUACAUUGUUCUUGUCGUCGCUGUCUUAGCUCGCUGCAGUGUCGUCGCAGCAUCCACGAAUGCCGAUGAAUCUCAGCUCUUGUCGAAGGUCUCUCCCAACUUCGCAGCCAACGAUAUGACCUAUACUGUUUCCCGGAAGAGAUUUCUUCGAGUCGCAGGAACUGGUAAGAAAGCAAAUAGUGCAAUCAAGUUGCUUCACUGGGGCUUCUUUAGCGCGAUGAGGGGUUUCUUACUUUUUCUUACUGUUCGCCUUCUUGGCCGCCUCAAUGAGCUUGACUACGCUGACUUCUGCCGGCCUCUUGAUUAUUUUUGUUGGUACCCUGAACAAUUACUUUCCAAAUUUCACCGUUUCCAUUUCCACCGCCCUGGACGACUUCUUGGCCUGCGACCCGAAGAGAUCUUUUGGCCACAACGGCAGAAGAUGAGAGCUGAGACUCGUCGAGAUUAG